GGAGGAUAGGAGGGUCUGGGCGUGGCGCGGGGACUCCUCCAGUGUUUUCCAAAAAGCCUGAAGGGGAGUUUGCUCCUCCUGCCUGUUGCGGUGCAUUCCUGAGCUCUGACCUCUAGCGACGGCUGGAGGCCCCAGGGGCGGGGACGGACCCCACCCCUUAGAGGGCUGGGCGAGUGGUCUCCCUGCUAAUCCACCUUCCACCGCAGCCUGAAUGGGCUGUGCGCCUCUUUCUCCCUCCUUCCUCCUCGGGUCGGCUCAGCAGCCCGCCUUCUAGAGCCCAGAAGCUGCACUAGUCCCGACUUCCUCCUAACGGCUUCUGCAGGGGCGUGGGGGAGAAGGCGGUGGCCGGCUCCCGCGUGGCACCCCGAUGUGUCGGGGACGGGAGGCCCAUGUUGGCGUUUCUGCUUCUGGAGUUCCGGAAGGGGGUGUGAGCUGUCUGACCAAUUUCGCCUCCAGAGCCAGAUCUUUCUCCGUCUGGGUCCUGAGCUAAGACCGCCGCCAUGCCGGUGACAGUGACCCGCACGACCAUCACGACCACCACGUCGUCCUCGGGCCUGGGCUCCUCCACUAUCGUGGGGUCCCCUCGGGCGCUGACCCAGCCCCUGGGCCUCCUCCGCCUGCUGCAGCUGCUGUCGACCUGCGUGGCCUUCUCUCUGGUGGCCAGUGUGGGUGCCUGGGUGGGGCCCAUGGGUAACUGGUCCAUGUUCACCUGGUGCUUCUGCUUCGCCAUGACCCUCAUCAUCCUCAUCGUGGAGGUCGGCGGCCUCCAGCUGCGCUUUCCCCUGUCCUGGCGCAACUUCCCCAUCACCUACGCCUGCUACGCUGCCCUCUUCUGCCUCUCGGCCUCCAUCAUCUACCCCACCACCUACGUCCAGUUCCUGUCCCACGGCCGUGUCCGGGACCACGCCAUUGCGGCCACCGCCUUCUCCUGCAUCGCUUGCGUGGCUUAUGCCACCGAAGUGGCCUGGACCCGCGCCCGGCCCGGCGAGAUCACCGGGUACAUGGCCACUGUGCCGGGGCUGCUCAAGGUGCUGGAGACCUUCGUGGCGUGCAUCAUCUUCGCCUUCCUCAGCAACCCCUACCUGUACCAGCGCCACCCGGCCCUGGAGUGGUGCGUGGCCGUCUACGCCAUCUGCUUCAUCCUGGCGGCCGUGGCCAUCCUGCUGAACCUCGGCGACUGCACCAACAUGCUCCCCAUCCCCUUCCCCAGCUUCCUCUCGGGGCUGGCCCUGCUCUCUGUCCUCCUCUACGCCACCGCGCUUGUCCUCUGGCCCCUCUACCAGUUCGACGAGAGGCACGGCGGCUACCCCCAGCGGUCGCGUGACUCGGGCUGCAGCAGCAGGCACCCCAGCAACGUCUGCAGCUGGGACCGCCGUCUGGCCGUGGCCAUCCUGACGGCCAUCAACCUGCUGGCCUACCUGGCUGACUUGGUCUACUCUGCCCGCCUGGUCUUUGUCAGGGUCUGAAGGACCUCACCAGGGGCUCCCGUUUCCCGCUCUCCGGCCUCGUCGGCCUCUUCUCCUGUUUGGGGUUUCUUUGCUCAGUUAUUUUUUCUUCCUGUUUCCCAUUUCUCCCGCCCUUCUCACUUCUUGCUCCACCUUGCUCUCUCCUCCACUUCUUUUACUCCUUUUCUCCCCUCUCCUCUUCCUUUCUGGUUCCUCUCCUUCAAGUUUUGCCCUGUUGCCCAUAUCCUGGUUGGCCUCCGAGCUGUUUUUCUUUUUCUUUCUGGUCUCCCUGUUUGUUUUCCCAUCUACCUAUAACCUGCCCACCUCUUUCCCAUUUGUCUUCUUCCGGUUUCCUCGGGAGCCCCCAAGACUUCCUUCUUCUUCUCCACCUCCAAAGGUGCUGAGCUCCACACUUCCAUCACCCCACCCCUCAUUGCAGCUAUUCAUGUCCUGGAGCCCCCAAGGGGUUAUGUUGCCAAAGCAUGCCUGCCCACCCUUGCCGUGCCUUAGCGUGUUUGUGUGUGUUUGUGUGUGUGUGUGUUCUUGGGGAGUGGGGCUGGGCAGGGAUUGGGCCCCCUUUCUCCCAAUGCCUAGGGUACACAGUACACCUCCCCUUUAAGAUUAAAAAAAAUCGCCAGAGGUUGAUAAUUAACAGUGGUUGGGAGCCCAGACCCUGGUUCCCUGGGCCCCAUCUGGCUCCAGGAUUUUUAUCUGGCUUACUAAAAAACCACUGCCUGGAGGAUAUCUUAAAGGAAGCCAGAGGUAGAUGCUUUCCAUCCCAGCCGUUCUCUAUGGGAUCAAACAAGGGAGACAGGCCAGGAACCACAUUGUCUUGAAGACAGCUUAAAUACUUUGGGGGGCAUUCGUGUGGCCCUCCAUCCUCAGUGUUAAAAAUAGCCUGUCCUGCUUUUGCAGGGAGAAGAAAAUGGCCACUGCGGCCUUAAAGGUGAUAUCAGUCUGCUUUUUCUCUCUUUUUUUUUUCUUUUUCUGGUCAUAAGGGCAAAAAUUACUGGGUGGCCCUACUCUUAAAGGGGGAAGUUUCUUUUCAGUGUCUUUUUUGGGGGGUGGGGUGGGGGUGGCAGGGAUUGCUGCUGCCAUAGCCAGAGGAAUGGCUUUGCUUGAGUGUAUGGUGCACACACACGUGUUUCUGUGUGCUAGUUGCUUCCUGUUGCUGCUUCCUGCUUCUCUGGGACUCACACACAUAACGUGAUAUAUAUAAAUGUAUAAAUAUAUAUUUUAUUUUUUUUUAAUUCCCUGGAGCUUCUGGUUCCCAUCAGCUCCAGCUGUCAAUCAGAGGAUGUCUCCUACCUUCACAGUUCCCACAUCCAUAAUGUUCAUUUUCUUUUUUUUUUUUUUUUUUUUACCUCA